AUGCACACAUCCCUUCCCCUCACGAACACAUCCCUUCCCCUCACGCACACAUCCCUUCCCCUCACGCACACAUCCCUUCCCCUCACGCACACAUCCCCUCCCCUCACGCACACAUCCCCACCCCUCACGCACACAUCCCUUCCCCCUCACACGUCCAGUCCCUCCCCCUCACGCUUCCAUUCCCUCCCUCUCACGCUUCCAUUCCUUCCCUCUCACUCUUCCAUUCCCUCCUCUUUAAGCCUCCGUUUCGGAGGCCUCCCCUCACGCUUCCAUUCCCUCCCCUUCACGCUUCCAUUCCUUCCCCCUCACGCUUCCAUUCCCUCCCCCUCACGCUUCAAGUCCCUCCUCUGCACGCUUUCAUUUCUCCCGCCUCCCCUCACGCUUCCAUUCCAUCCCCCUCACGUUUCCCCUCCCUCCCUUCCGUUCCCUUUUCACUUUUGCACAUCCACUCCCAUCCAUUCCAACCCUUCACCCAUUUCCUUCCCUUCCCUCUUUUCCCUUCCCUUCCCUUCCAUUCCCUUCAUAUCCCUUCCCUUCCCUUCCUUUCCCACCCCUUCCCUUCCCUUCCAGUACUAUCCCUUCCUGUCCCAUCCCCUGCUUACCCUACCAUUCCCUUCCCUUCCUCUCCGUUCCAGUCCCCUCCCUUGCUUCGGGUGCCCUUACCUUCCCUUCGUCUCCUUCCCUUCCUUUCCCUUCCCUUCCCAACCCUCCGUUUCUCUCCCCUUCCUUUCCAAUCCCUCCCCGUUCUCGCUUCCACUCCCUCUCCCUCACGCUUCCAUUUCCUCCCCCCCACCUUCUCGCUUGCAUUCCCUCCCCUGCACGCUCCCAUUUCCCGCCCCCCCCUCCCCCCCUUUCACGCUCCCAUUCCCUCCCUUUCACGCUUCCAUUCCCUCCCCCUCAGGCUUCCAUUCCCUCACCUACGCGCUUUCAUUUCCCUCCCCCUAUCGCUUCCAAUCACCCCCCCCCUCGUUUCCAUUCCCUCCUCCGCUCGCACACGUUCCCGUUCCCGCCCGCUUCCAUGCUAUUUCCUGCACGCUUCCAUUCCCUCCCCCUCACGCUUGCAUCCCUUCCCUUCCUUCCCUUCCCUUCCGUCCCUUCCCUACCCAUCCCUUCACCAUCCUUCGGUUUACCACCCUCUCUUUCCUCUCCCCUAGUUUUCCCUCCCUCCCCUUCCAAACCUCUGCCAAUGAUUUCCUCCACUCCCACCCCUUCCUUCCCUACCAUUUGCUUCCCUUCCCGCUUUUCCCUUCCUGUUCACGCUUUCACACCCUCCCCCUCACCAUUGCAUUCCCUCCCCACCAUCCCCCCCCCCUUCACACUUGCAUUCCCCUCCCCUGCACGCUUCCAUUUUCAUCCUCCACCCCCCUUUCACGUUUCCUCCCUCCCCCUCACGCUUCCAUUCCCUCCCCCGAACGCUUCCAUUCCUUCCCCCUCACUCUUCCAUUCCCCUCCCCCGAAGGCUUUCAUUCCCUCCCCCUCACUCUUCGAUUCCCUCCCCCUCACGACUUCCUUCUUCCUCUCACUCUUCCAUUCCCUCCUCUCCACGCCUCCAUUUCCCCCGCCUCUCCUCGCGCUUCCAUUCCCUCCCCCUCACGCUUCCAUACCCUCCACCUCACGCUUCCAUUCCCUCCCCCUCACGCCUCCAUUUUUUCCCCCUCACGCUUCAAUUCCUUCCCCCUCACACAAACAUUCCCUCCCCCUCACGCUUCCGUUCCCUCCUCUGCACGAUUUCAUUUCUCCCGCCUCCCCUCACGCUUCCAUUCCACCCCCCUUAUGUUUCCCCACCCUCCCCUUCCGUUCUCUUUUCACUUAUGUUCAUCCACUCCCAUUCCUUCCAACCCUGAACCCCUUCCAUCCCUACCAUUUCCUUCCCUUCCAGUACUAUCCCUUCCCGACCCAUCCCCUGCUUACCCUGCCAUUCCCUUUCCGUCCUCUCCGUUCGAGUCACAUUCCCUCCACCUUACUCACUUGCCAGACACCUCUCCGUGCUCUCUAGAGGUGGUUGACUCCUUUCUCCAUGCCUCUCAUGCCUGCUCACAUCUGCUUUUCGCUGACUUCCCUCAACAGGUGCGCACUCAAUCUCCCCAGCAAGUGACAUCGCUGACGGUAUGCGUACUGCAACACGACGUUGUCUCAGACCUAGGUGUGUAG